CACAAAAGGGAAUCUCAUCAGAAGGUGUCGCAGGAGCCUCCCGAUCCAGAGAGCCGGGUGUGGUCACGGCCGAGGGUGCCCACGUUUUGCAGCUCUGCCAGCUCCCGUGCCUCCAAGCACCAGUGGCAGCUGUGAAAGUGCCGUGUGUCAAACACUCACCGAGCCCUCGCUGCUCAUUUGCCUGAGUUUCAGCUUUUCCCCAGAUGCAAAUGCCGUCAGCUCCGGUCCCACCAGGAGUGCCGCCACUGAGAUGCAGGCCCUGCUCCCUGGUCUCUCCCUGCUUCUUCUCCUCCUGGCAGGGGGAUGGGGAAGUGGGAUGGAUGCAGCCUGGGCAACAUCUCCUGGGGGCUGUGAGCUUGUGCAGAGCAUCAUGGACUGCACUGGGAGAUGGCUGAGUUCCAUCCCAGGAAACCUUCGAGGCGAUACCACGGAGCUGUUUCUUGAUGACAACACUAUCCAGGUCCUGGGCAAUGCCUCUCUGCUCCUGUAUCCCCAGCUCUGGCAUCUCAGCUUGACCAGGAACCGGCUGGAGCUCAUUGAGCCUGGUGCCUUCCUCAGCAGUCAAGGCCUGGAGGUGCUCUCCUUGACAGACAACCUGCUCUUCACCAACUACUCGCUGACAGCCACUGCUCUUUCUGCUCUGCCGGCUCUGAGAACGCUGGAUCUGGCUGGAAACCAGCUCAGGGAGGACAUGGUAUCAGUUUUAGUCUCGAACCUCUCUUCCUUGGAGUCCUUGUCUGUGGCCAGGAACAUCAUCAUGAGGUUGGACUCAUCCAUCUUCACAAACCUGACACAGCUGCUGGAGCUGAACCUGGAGAAGAACUACAUCUUUGAGAUUGACAAUGCUUUUGAAGGGCUGCAGAGGCUGCAGAGGCUCAACAUAGCUUACAACUACCUCCCGUGUCUGGUGGGGUUUGACAUGACCCAGCUCAGGGUGCUCAAUGUCAGCAACAAUGUCAUCGAGUGGUUUCUGACCCUGCAACAUGAUGACCUCUUUGAGCUGGAGGUGCUGGACCUGUCCCACAACCGCCUCCUGUUCUUCCCUGUGCUGCCCCGGCAGAGCAAGCUGCACUCCUUGCUGCUGCAGGACAACAGGAUGAGCUUCUACCAGCGCCUCCCCAACGGCACCUCCCUGGCCAACAUCACCGUGCAGUUCCUGAUCAUUGAUGGCAACUCCACCAACAUCACGACGGUCAGGCUCUGGGACGAGCUCUGCCACAGCAACCUCUCCUCCCUGCGCCUCCUGGACAUGAGCCAGAACCAGGUCUGGGGCCUGCCAGACGAUUUCCUGGCCCAGAUGCCCUCCCUGACCCACCUAAAGCUCAACCAAAACUGCCUGGAGGCAUUUCACGUAUCGGAGGAGGACCCCUUGGCCAUGCUGACAGAGCUGGACCUCAGCCAGAACCAGCUGGUGGAGCUGGGAGUGAAGGUGGGUGUUGGGGACAUCCUGCCCAACCUGCAGCUCUUCAACCUCAGCACCAACAGGCUGCAAGCUCUUCCUCCUGGGAUUUUCACCCACACCAGGAAGAUCACUACCUUGGACCUCAGCCGCAACCGGGUUGACCUCUGUCCCCAGCCUGGUGAGGCCGAGAGCCUCCCCUGCGUGGACGUCAGGGGUGUGGAGACCUUGACCCAUCUCUCCUUGGCCGGCUGCGGUCUGCGGGGGCUGAGCAGCCGCCCCUUCCAGGGGACAUCGCUGCGGCACCUGGACCUCUCUGACAACCGCCAGGUGCUGUCCGGGGACCCGGGCUGGCUGCAGGACCUCGCGCUGACGCUGCAGGUGCUGUGUCUGAGGAACACCAGCCUCUCUUCCACAGCCGUGGACUUCUCUGCCCUCAACAGCCUCGUGCGCUUGGACCUUUCCGGGAACUGCUUGGCUGCGUUCCCCGCCUCGCUGGGCACCCUGAGGCUGCGCAGCCUGGACCUGCGGGACAACUGCCUGCCGGCGCUGCCGCCGGACGUGGCCCAGGUGCCGCUGGGGAGGAACCUGCGGGAGCUCUACCUCAGCCAAAACCCCUACAACUGCUGCACGCUGGGCUGGUGGGACGCCCUGCAGCUGGCGGAGGGGCUGCGUGUCCCCGACGGGCGGGAGGUGACCUGCAGCCACGGCUCCCACGCGCUCAGCCCCAGCGCGCUGCCCGAGCCCGUCCUGCAGAGCUGCCGGUGGCAGACGGCCGACCUGGCGCUGCUCUACCUGGUGCUGGCUCUGCCCACCUGCCUGACGCUCCUGGUGGCCUUCGUUAUCGUCUUCCUCAUGCUCAAGGAGAAGCUGCUGAAAAUGGUGAAAACCCGGUGUGGGGUGUCCAGCCCUUACUAAUGGCAGAGGAAGGGCUCGGGAAUAGUCAGCGAUAGCGGCUGGUCAGGAGUACAGGUGAUAACCCCUCCGAGGUGAUCAGGAUGGAAUCCUGGUGGAUGCAGGACAGGAGGUGCUGGGAGAGCUGCCAUUCCUGCCCUCACGGUGCCCAAAAGGUGCGGGCCGUGUCUGGUGGUGGAGCGCUGGGAGUCCUCAAGGAACAUGUCUUCAGCAGAAACCUUCAGCUGGUGUUGGUGAGAGCUGAGUGGAUAUGACAUCAAACAUUCCUUGGCUGAAAGGAUAGGUUGCCCAGAAAAUCUGUGGCUGCCCCAUCCCUGGAAGUGUUCAAGGCCAGGUUGGAGUGGGCUAGGAGCAAUCUGAUGUAGAGGAAAGUGUCCCUGCCUGUGGCAGGGGUUGUAACCACACGGAUUUUUAAGGUCCCUUCCAACCCAGACCAUUCUGGGAUUCUGUGACAGUUUUCUCUAGCACUGCUUUCCCCCCAACCCCUUCCAGCAGUUCCUUUUAUUUAUUCCCACCUGUAGCCAAUUCAAAAUGUCCUCCAGAUCUGCAAGCAGCCUCCACAAAGUGCCCCAGGCUGGAGCAAACAUCACCUGGGCGCUGUGGAGAAGGGUCUCUGUAAUCAGAACUUUCCACGCUGCCCUUGCUGGCACUGCCAAACUCGUGGGCAACCCUGAUCAUGCACCAUGGGCGUGUGCUGAUAAAGACAGGCGUUGCCAGCAGGGCUGAAAGACACAUUUUGGGGUGUUGUUUCUUCACUAAGUCACAGUCUGGGUUAGAAAAGUCCAUUAAAAACAGCCCAAGUUGCAACAACGGGAAAUAUUGAUUGAAAAGCAGGAGAGUAAAUUAUAGCCCCCGGUGAUAUUUUGUCAUGGAUU